GUUACUGCUCAAGUAUGCAUUCAGAAAAGAGCCAACAGAUAUAGUAGAUUUAUUCUAGUUGUCAAGGUCAAGGACUCCUUUUUUUUUUUUUUUUUUCCCUUUAGAUUCAGCUGAGAGGGAACUCUCCUCAGUAACAACAGAAAGGCUUUCUGCUUUGCAGUCUGCUGUCAGUAUGCACCAUUGAUGCAAAAGUAUUGGAGAAUAUUUUUAAAGGAAAAAUCAGGAAACUAUUUAUCAAUAAGAAGCACCAGUGUUGUGUCCAGUGCCAAAGUUAGGGGGCUUUCUGGAGAGCAUAACAUCUGCAUGCACUGUAAUUCAGAGACUCCAGCUGCUGGAAGCUCUUGCAAGUCAUAAACCAGUGGACUCUUAUUUGCUUCAGUGUUGUAAAUUAGCUCUGAAGGAAUGGACACCCCAAACAAAACCCCCCACAGACAUGUUCUGAGAAUCCAGCCAGUGAACUAGAAGGAAGAGCUUGACUCACAGAAUCUCACCUGACCCAUGACUGAGUCUCAGCUAAUGCAACACUAACUUCAGACACCUUUGCAUAUCAGAUCCAAGGAUGUUUGUGUUGCUUUACGUUACAAGCUUUGCCAUCUACACAAGCGAACAACCUCUUCAAAGCCAGUUCAAAGGAGAGAAUUACUACACCAGAUAUAUCUGUAGCAUCCCUGGGUUGCCAGGCCCCGCAGGUCCCCCCGGAGCUAACGGAUCCCCAGGGCCACACGGACGCAUUGGUCUUCCUGGAAGAGAUGGUAGAGAUGGCAGGAAGGGAGAAAAAGGUGAAAAAGGGAGCGCAGGUUUAAGAGGAAAAACUGGGCCAUUAGGACCAGCUGGAGAGAAAGGAGACCAAGGUCAGUCUGGUAAAAAAGGACCUGGAGGACUGGCUGGUGCCAAAGGUGAAGUAGGUCCAGCUGGACCACCUGGACCUAAGGGAGAUAAAGGAGACCGAGGAGAGCCAGGUGCACCGGGGGUCUGUAAGUGUGGACAGAUCGUGCUGAAAUCUGCCUUUUCUGUUGGCAUCACCACCAGCUACCCCGAGGAAAGAUUACCGAUUGUGUUCAAUAAAGUCCUCUUCAAUGAGGGUGAGCAUUACAACCCUUCCACAGGGAAGUUUAUUUGUGCCAUCCCAGGGAUUUAUUAUUUUUCUUAUGAUAUCACUUUGGCAAACAAGCACCUUGCGAUCGGGCUGGUUCACAAUGGGAAAUACCGGAUAAAGACAUUUGAUGCCAACACAGGAAACCACGAUGUAGCUUCUGGAUCUACGGUGAUCUACCUUCAGCCAGAAGACGAAGUAUGGCUCGAGAUCUUCUAUGCUGACCAAAACGGUCUCUUUUCAGAUCCAACAUGGGCAGACAGCUUGUUUUCUGGAUUUCUCUUAUAUGUCGAUACAGAUUAUCUCGAUGCUUUAUCAGACGAAGAUGACCUCUGAAGCAGAUGACAUCAAAUCACACCGAAACUGGACACUCCAGCACAGGAUUUUAUCUAGCUAUGUGUGGGACACAAAGUUGAGAAGGAAUAAUCUGGAAGUUGAUUUUUGCUUUGACAGGAACCAAAUCUGAGUUCAGAUGGAUAUUUCUAGAAUCUAAGCUGGAUUCUUUACCAAACAGCAGGGAUAUCUGAAAGGAACAAUAAUUAACAAAAGACUGCAUUGCUCCAGGACUGACUGCUCUUGAAAGUUAUGUUGAUAAUACUAUUUAAACAAAUUUAUGAUACUGUACAUUGGAUUUUAUAUAAAAUAUCUAAAGUUGAAAUGUAGAAUGGAUAUUUUGUAUAUGAUAUUAAAAUAAAAUUGAACGAUUGACAGCAA